AGGGUUGGGGGGGGGCGGAGAAACCUGGAACCCCUGUUCCCUUUAUCGUAGACCACUGAUCUAUACAUGACCUGGACAAAACCUAUGUUAGUUCAAUGAUGGUUGCUAAGCUGUUCUGCAAUGCCACGUUGCGCGCAUGCUCACAGGCGCCAUGUUGUAUAUAUUGUGAAAGUUGAAAAAAUCUCAAGAAAAUCAUUAAAAUAUGGAACUUUUGCGAGGUUUUAAAUCUGUUCUUGGAGCACAGAAUGAAGAUACUGAACAAUCAGGCUCUGAAACGGUAUGCUCUUGUGUAGUUGCUCUUAUUUUCGUUGAAAUAUUGCACGAAAUGUCUCCUGUUUUGUGCUGAGAGUCUGAGACUAAGCAGAGUUGUUCGUUAAAAUGUUAUAUAAUAGCUUUGUUAUUUGGUUAUGUAUUUGUAGUUAAAAGAAAUACACUUAAGUAUGAGCAAUUUAUAGCGAUUUGACUAGCUUUCAAAGGCUAUAAAAGUCUGGUUAUAAUAAAUGUAAUAUAUUCAAAUUAUAUCAAUAGAUAGAGGCAGAUAGCCUGAUUUAUAUCCCAGAUGAUCUGUCUUAGUGUUAACCCAAGACUAUCCAGAUGAACUAGCUAGAACAGUGUGAUAUAUACUGGCAAUUGUUCUGGGAGUUGAUAUUUAACUGAUUGUUGUUCUGAUGCUGUAUUUUUGUAGACUUUACUAUAAUAGUUCAUAUUGACAGAUGUUCUCUCUGCUUGCUGCAUUUAAAUGCAGAUGAAUUUUGAUGAGACAAACAUCUUUUCUUUGUCCACGUUUGUCCAGAUCAACCCACCAGGGUGCAUUCCAUGUAAACUCUACACUGAAGAUACACCAAUAUUAACUAUAGAUAGUAUUGGGUUGUUCCAGAAAAGAUCCACACUCCCCCCACAGAGGAAAUUUCUGCCGUCCGGAGGGAGAGGGGAGAAAAAAAUGUUUCUGAUAACAGUGUGUUAGGGCAUCCGAAGGGGGUAGGGGGGUUAACUUCCAAUUUCCUCUGUGGGAGAGGUAUGGAUGUUUUCUGGAAUGACCCAUUGUAAUUUGCCAAACUCAUGCCGAAGAUGUUUGGAAUAUUGCACUUAAAAUGCACUCUGGUCAACCCAUUGAGUGGCGGCACUCUCCCCGUGACAAGUAAUAUCGUCUGGCAUUAGACAGAGUAAAUAAUAAAGUAAGGCACAUCAGGGUGCAUUGCCACUUACAGGGUUAAUCAAUGUAAAUGUGUGUCCUGUUAACUGAAUUAAAUGGAAAUGUGUACCCUGGCUUGUCAGGUUAUACAUGUCAACAGUUCAAACCAUUUUUUAGGUGGAAAAGCUCUGCGACCGAGUCUCAUCAUCUACCUUGCUUGAAGAUCGUAGAGAUGCCGUCCGAGCAUUGAAAUCCAUGUCAAAGGUUAAUAUAUUCUAAAUUACUAAUCAUACUUUACAGCCAUCCCAAAACAAGUCCAGGUGAUCUCGGAAUUCGGAAAAGGCUUGGCACUAGUUGUAGAAUAGAAAUCCAUUUCUAUUUUAAAAUUACUCAAUAUCUCAUUAAUGGUAUUAGACAUUCAUUUCCCAGACAUUCAUUUCCCUGUGCAAGACACAGACACAAAUUUUCAAACAGUUUCACAAAAGAAUCAGGGUGUGAUAAGUGAUUAAAGGUACGAAACUGGAUUUCUAUUCUGUUGGUAGUCCCAGUCCUUUUGCUCACCGUCAGAUCACCGGGGGAGGGGGGUCUAAUUUUCUGGCUGUGUCUGUGAAAUGCUAUUUCAUGCUUUUUAGACAUGUUUUUUUUAUGAUAAUCUGAAAACCACAGAUUAGUUGAAAACAUUAAGAGGUCAUGUCGCCUCCCCCAGGUCCUCUGCAGUUUGGAAAGAAUUACAAAAUUGGUCCUGAAGAAAAGUGGGGGGCAGGGGGCGGACCCCCUGUCUAUCACUCUGUUUAGUUUAUUUCCAUUAUAUUUGCUGGAGUAUUAAGAUGUUGUUCAUUACUUUAGAAAUACAAGCUUGAUGUUGGUACCAAAGCCAUGGAUAUUCUUUGCAAUGUUUUGACCAAUGAUAGGUACAGCAAUAUUUAAUGAUUAUGUUAAUCUGAGUUUCUAUAAUUUUAUUAUCAUGUUGAAAUGAAUGUGUUUGUUGAUGGAUGAGUUAGUGAGAAUUUUGAUGUUUUGUAGAAAUGAUUCAGAAAUCCUGGGUUUGGCUUUGGAAGCAUUGUGCAAUAUAACCAGUGCCGAGACACAGGGACAGCAAGGUAUACUCCACACUUGUACUGGAUUAAUUCGGACAUAAUUGGGUAGUUUAGAGAUGAAUUUCAGCUGGUCUGCACCCCCUCCCCCCACCAAAAUGAUCACCCCCUUCCCACACUAAAUUGCAUGACUUUUUCCCGAAAAGGUCAGCAACAUCCCCAGAAAAAAGUCACCAUCACCCCCCCUGCCACAGGUCAGUAUCACCUCCCCCCUUAAAAAGUUAGCAUCACACCCCCCCCUUGCCACAGGUCUGCAUCACCUCUUCCCCCCUUAAAAAGUCAGCAUCACCCCCCCUGCCAUAGGUCUGCAUCACCUGAUCCCCAAAAAACAAAGGUCAGCCCCCCUGAACAAGUCAGCUUCUCGGAUUGUGUCUCCAGAAUACUAAGUGAUGAUACACCACCCUGCCUUCAUAAACAGUCACACUAGAUCAUCUGUGUGUAACAGAAUGAUAUUGUUUUUCUCUUUCAGAGGAAGUAAGCAGGGAAGGCCAAGUGGCAUCAGACGCAGAACUCGGCGUUCAGUUCACAGAAAUCUUUAUUAAAAAUCAGGAGAAUAUUUCUGUCCUGCUCAGUUUACUAGAGGUACAAGAUUGUUAGAACUUGUAUUUAUAAUUUCAUUUGACAAUAACAUUCUGCAUGAUCAACAAUCAAUAGUGAUAUAUAAAUCUUUUGGUCUGUUUAGGAAUAUGACUUUCAUGUUCGUUGGCCAGCUGUUAGACUUUUAACAAUCCUUUUGAAAAACCGAUGCUACCAGCUUCAACAGUGUGUUCUUGUUAACCCAAUGGGUAAGAUGUGUUUUAGAGAGAAUGCUUACUGCCUAAACAUCUUUGAAUGUGAACAAUGAUCGCACUUUUUCUUCACGAUUUACACUGCACAACUUUUGCCGCUGCCACGCCAUGAUUCAUCAUCAGAAUGCUGACGCCAUGGUCCUAGCCAGUGCGCUUAUGAGAGGCAUCCCCCCCUGGAUGCCCACCAUUUUGAAUAUUAUCAGGGGGGUGAAUGCCUUUCAUAAGUGCACUGGCCAGGACCAUGGCGUCAGCAUUUUGAUGACGAAUAAUGGUGUGGCAGUGUUUACACUUUUUGGCUGAGUCAAACUUCAGUGUGUCUACAGAGUAAAUACAUCAAUACAGAGUUGUGACUAGUGUACCCACUUUUUUUGUGUGCGUGCUCGGCAAGUUACUAGAUGCAUGCGUCUGAUUGGAUGGCAGCUCACUUUAAAACUUGCUGAGCACGUGCAGUUGAUCAUUUUUUGCCAGGUCGCCUGAAAAAAUUCUGUGCCACAGCUUUCUGUGUUAUUCUCACUACCCAUCAUGCUGCUUUUUAACAUAUCAAGAGUGAUAUUUUGCAGGUGUGUCCAGGUUAAUGGACUUGCUCUCAGACAGUAGAGAAAUAAUAAGAAAUGAGGUAAUAUAGUAUUGUUUCAUUUGUCAUUGCAAUCAAAAAUCUCUUCCAUGCUAACCAUUCUCUGUAAACUGAACCAUUUCCUGUACUUUUUAUCAGGGCUUACUGCUGCUAACCCAGUUAACAAAGUCAAACGCAGCCAUCCAGGUUGGUUUUAAUAUUCACCAUAAAAUCAUUCUGUCCAUAGCAGCAAAAUACACAAAGCUUUUGUCAUUGAUAACUUUGUUUUAUUCCAUAGAAAAUCGUGGCAUUUGAAAACGCAUUUGAUCGUCUUAUUGAAAUCAUAGCUGAAGAAGAAUUUAGUGACGGAGGUCAGUUUUAAAACUCAUUUAAACCCAUUCAGUUAAUUGCACCACAGUACACCCUACUUUAUUAUUUUACUCUGUCUAAACGGUAGUUUACACUGUCAAAGUUUCUGUGAUCACAAAUUUUGCAAAGGUAAAUUCUAAGUUUUGAAGAAUUUGUAAGAAAUGUUUGAGGAAACUUACUGAGUGUUAUAAAGGAUGGUUUACACUAUCAAAGUUUCUGUGAUCACAGUAGGAAUUUUGCAUUGGUAAAUUCUAAGUUUUGAAGGAUUUGUAAGAAAUGUUUGAGGAAACUGACUUAGUGUUUAACGCUGAUUCAGUUUCCUCAAACAUUUCUUACAAAUCCUUCAAAACUUAGAAUUUUUACUCAUGCAAAAUUCCUACUGUGAUCACAGAAACUUUGAUUGUGGAAACCAGGCUUAAUGCACCAGACGAUUUUACUUGUCAAGGGGAGAGCGCUGGCGCUCAAGGGAUUAACUGUGUUUUGCUAAAGCCAGGUUAAUUUUAUUAGUUUGACUGUAAAGCAGGUUUAACAAUGAUGUUAUAACAUAUUCCAUGUUCUCUGUUAGGUAUUGUUGUUGAAGACUGUCUGUUGUUGAUGCUCAGUUUGUUAAAAUCAAAUGUUUCCAACCAAAACUUCUUUCGAGAGGGAAGGUAAUGGUGUUACUCGUGAUUGUUCAUUUCUUAUUCCUAAGCUCUAUUUUACUCUGACGUUUGUUUAAAAUGUUUUAGCUACAUUCAAAGGAUGACUCCUUUCUUUGAACUGGACGCAACAUUGACUCCUGGUGAGUUACACCUGUAGUCUCUGGAAACAUUACGUAUGCACUGUAUUCGCGUUCUUUGUCAUGACUAAAUGUCAUCUAUUGGCAAUUUCUUUCUUAGGAACCGAACGAGGCUGGUCCACACAGAAAAUGGCCAAUAUCAAUUUUAUGCUCAAGGUCUGAACCUCUCAUUUUCAUCCUGCAUUUUGUCUACUAAUAAUUGAAUCAGUAUUGUUGAAGAUGGUAAUUAUAUUUCGUUUCAUUAAUCCAUCUUUUUGUAGAUAUUAAGAACGCUUGUUUCACCAAAUAAUCCUCAGCAGACGACUGCUUUUGCACAAAAAAUUAUGAAUCAGUGUGGUAAGAAUGCCUAUUGGUUUACGAAGAACAGUUCAGAACUGGUAGAACUAUCCUAUAUAAAUAAAGUUAAGUUUAGUUUAGGUUUCCUCUUGUAGUAACACUGGAUCAAUAAGAGAUGAUCCUUACUGGACCUCUAGGAAGAACAUAGAAUUGAUAGAGUCAUCCAGUAUAAAUAAGUAUAAAUUAUAUUUAAACCAUUUUUGUGUUUUAGGUAUUCUCAGAUUGUUAUGUGGUAUUCUUAUGGCCACGGGGAUACCAUCUGAUAUUCUCACUGAAGUAAGUUUUGCAUAUAUUCUGAACCCAGAGUUCCAUCAAGGAAGGUGAAUGUUUUAAGUUUGCUUGCAAGUAAACGCUUUUUAAUACAUUAUUUUGUGAUUAUUUUAUUACAGACGAUCAACACAGUUUCUGAAGUCAUUCGUGGCAACCAGGAAAAUCAAAAUUAUUUUUCCCAAGUAAAUGCGCCCUGUACCCCACCAAGGUAAUUGUAGCAUUUGCUUGGCGUUACUGGACCUUUAGACCUUUAGGGAGAACAGCUUAGAACUAAGAGCUAUACAGUGUAAAUAAAGUUAGUUUAGUUUAGGUUUCCUCCUGUAGUAACAUUGGAUCAAUAAAAGAUGAUUCUUACUGAACCUCUAGGAAGAACAGUUUAGAACUGAUAGAGCUAUCCAGUAUAAAUAAAGUUAGUUUAGUUUAGGUUUCCCCCUGUAGUAACACUGGAACAAUAAGAGAUGAUCCUUACUGGACCUCUAGGAAGAACAGUUUAGAACUGAUAUGGCUAUCCAGUAUAAAUAAAGUUAUUUUAGUAUAGGUUUCCUCCUGUAGUAACACUUGAUCAAAAGAUGACCCUUACUGAACCUCUAGGAAGAACAGUUUAGAACUGAUAGAGCUAUCCAGUAUAAAUAAAGUUAGUUUAGUUUAGGUUUCCUCCUGUAGUGACACUGGAUCAAUAAGAGAUGAUCCUUACUGGACCUCUAGGAAGAACAGUUUAGAACUGAUAGAGUUAUCCAGUAUAAAUAAAGUUAGUUUAGUUUAGGUUUCCUCCUGUAGUAACACUGCAUCAAUAAGAGAUGAUCCUUACUGGACCUUUUAGGAAGAACAGUUUAGAACUAAGAGCUAUACAGUGUAAAUAAAGUUAGUUUAGUUUAGGUUUCCUCCUGUAGUAACACUGGAUUAAUUAGAGGAAGAAUAGUUUAGAACUGAUGGGGUUAUCCAGUAUAAAUAAAGUUACUUUAGUUUAGGUUUUCGUUUGUAGUAACACCCCCAAUAGUUUAAUCAAUUUUUGGAUUGUUUCAGAUCGGCCAUCGUGGUGCUUCUAAUGUCGAUGAUCAAUGAGAAACAACCGUUCAAUCUGCGUUGUGCUGUACUGUACUGUUUUCAAGUACGUUCACUUGACACAUUUUAACUGAAUAUCGCGUGUUUACUCUGUGCCACAGUGUUAUGCCACGCCUGCUAUGGAGGCUAAGUGUUAUAGGUAACCUCUGUGCUGUACUUUACAUAAUUUUGUUGUUUGAUGAUUUUUAGUGUUACUUGUACAAGAAUGAACAAGGACAAACUCAAGUCGUUUCAACAUUACUGCCAAGCGCAGCUGACGGUACGUUUUCAUAGAAACAUCUCUUGUAACUUUCAAAGUUUGAAAUGUUAUUAAUAUUUGUUCUGUUUACAGUGACAACGGUUUCUGCUGGACAGUUAUUGUGUGCUGGUCUAUUUAGGUUGGUAGUCUUAGAUUUUGAAGCUGGAGGCCAGGACAAAGUGCCCCCCCCCCCGCCCUCUCAGCGGGUCAUGUGUAUUUCACAUCGCAACAGUAUUUUCCAUGCUCAACUAUUGUUCUUUCUGUUUCAGUGCAAAUGCGUUCUCCAAUUGGUGUGCGUCUAUCGCGUUGUCUCAUUGCUUGAAAGAUAAUGCCGUUCAAAAAGAGCAGUUACUCAGAGUGCAGCUUGCAACUAGUGUUGGUAAGUCGAGGAGAAGUUUGGUUUGAAAAUCCGGUAAUGUUUAGUAAAGGUUACACGACAGCAGAUAGUGGUCAAGACUGCUGCUGUUUGAGAGAGACACAACAACACCAUCCUCGGUCCCAGAGCUUCACGGCUCACACUGCGUUGCCGAACGCCGUGUCAGCGGUGAGGCCCUUGGACCGAGGAUGCAACAACACACGUAAAAACCUACGAGUUAUAACAAACCGCUGUUCCAACAACUUGUCAACAGGAUGUGUUCCUACAGCUUGUUCCCAGCUUGUUGACAAGUUGUUGAGUUCCCAACUUGCUACAAGGUUGUUGAGCUCAACAGACUUGUUACAAGUUGUUCCAACAGCUUGUUAUCGUCCUGCAAUUCAACAAUUUGUCAACAAGUUGUGAGUGACAACCUUGUAGCAACUUGAUAUAAUAACAGCAUUGUUACAACUUGUUGACAAGCUUGCUACAUGCCUGAUGCGAACACAUCUUGUUGACAAGUUGUGAAUGACAACCUUGUAGCAACUUGAUAAAAUAACAGCAUUGUUACAACUUGUUGACAAGCUUGCUACAAGCCUGUUGUGAACACAUCUUGUUGACAAGUUGUGAAUGACAACCUUGUAGCAACUUGAUAAAAUAACAGCAUUGUUACAACUUGUUGACAAGCUUGCGAACACAUCUUGUUGACAAGUUGUGAGAUUGUGUACAUAUUGAAGUAUUGAUCGUAUUUUCUAGGCAACCCCCCAAUCUCUCUUCUUGACCAAUGCACCAACAUGCUGUCUCAAGGUGGUACGAUGCAGGCGAAGAUUGGUCUACUUAGUUUGUUAUGUAGUUGGUUAACAUCUUGUUCCAUUGCUGUCUCGCGCUUUUUACAAAACACUUCAAAUAUACCUUACGUAUCCUUUUAUCUGACCAAGCUUUGAUUCCUGCAAUAUGCAGUUGUCUGAUCAGAAUUUCACCUCAGUGGCAUGUGAGAAGAGUGCUUCCAGUUUGACCCCGCAAGUAAGAGUAACGAGAGCUUUCAAAGUAACACGGCGGCCGCCAAGCUCCGGCGGGUGCCACGAGGUUUACCGCCGGUUACUUUGUUUACUACUUGAAAUAUCAAUUCUGCUCUCCUUCCUCCACUCGAAGCUUUCAAACAAAGUUAUUUCUCCUCAAUCUGGUCUACUUUAUAGCCUGGUUAUUUUCGAAAACGACGUAAUAUUUCGUAAAACUGAUUUAGUUAUUUGCCAUCUUGAAGUUUUCUUGUUGAAGAAUGAAAGUAGUGAUACAUUAUAAUUUGGUUACAGAGCUUUGUUGUGACUUAUGACUUUAAGACUCCCUACGACGUUCCCAGAGACACGUACUCAGUAACAUCGUACCAUUAAGGAUAUCCUUUAUACUGGACAUCUACGGAGAGUCGGAUAACAGUGUAGAAAUGAUAGAUCUAUCCUUAACAAUGAUAAGCUAACGUCCCAAAUUCAAAAUCACGGUGGCGAGGAGGAGGAGCGUGUUGCUUCUGGACUGUCAGCUCUACUCUUGGGAAUAUGUUCAAUUGAUAAUGAUGGCAGUGUCAAAGACUACAGCAGGUAUAGAACGCUAGGGGUGAUA